GUGGGUCUGGUGUAAAGACCCUAUAUCAAGAGACACUGAAAAAGGUUGACCACACUUGUGGAUGUGAAAAUAGUGUGUGUGUGGGGGGGGGGGGGGGACGGGGGUUGAUCAAGCUUUAAAGUCGUUUGUUCGCAGAGCUGUAUGGAAAUGUCGAAGCCCGUGAUUGGAGAAGCCUAGGCUGGCGAACCGGCCGGCUGUUGUUGAGUUGCUAUUUUUGAACAACCAGCAGAUUCCCGUUGUGUAAUGAUGACCUGCUAGCGGUUCAAACCCACUCAAGGUGGCGGGGACCAGCUUCGCUCCCGGAGCGGCGGCGGCCUCAUCUGUGGUCUUUUUCCAUUGGUUCCUACUGGAAAGGUUCCCGCCCCCUGUUCCUUUCCAUUGGGUCUAGCUGGGAGGGCUCCUACCUCCCCUCCAUUUCCAUCCCGCCUCCAUUUCCGCCAGCUUCGGUUCUCCACUUCUCAGGGGUGGGUGCGUGGGCUGGGGCUGGGAUGUGGGUUGCUGGGAAGCUCAGUUCACUUUAUUCUGGCCUAGGUUUUUGUUUGUUGUGUGUUUUUUGGUGUGUGUGUGUGUGUGUGUGUGUUUGUCUGUCUGUCUGUCUGUCGGACGGGCCCGUCCGUGUCCCUGGCGCUCCGGAAGGUGUUCAUCGCGUUCGAGAAUGGCCGGACUCCGUGACUUUCCUUGAAAUGAUCGUCUAAGUGGGCUUGCUUUGUGUUAUUUAUUAUAAAACGGUCUCCUCUGUCUCCGAGACAAUUAUGCUUGAUAACUACUCAAGAGUCAUAUGUGGGAAACUUGAUUGAAAUCCUGAUUCAGAGUUGUACAUAAUGAUCAUAAUGGGACCAGUGAUAAACACCUUAAUCCAGGAAGCACUCCGGCUUUACAAGUUUUCACUCGUCCUUCCUGUUUGAGUUAAAUAGCAUUUGAAGAGGAAGUGUCUGAUGUUUAGAGACAUGGAAACAUCUUUAAGUGGCAGGGUGAGCCAUUAGUGGAAACAAACUUCAAUAGCAAUCUGGUUUCCAAUUUUGGAAUUUACAAUGCGGAUCAGUUUUGUCUGGCAUUGCUGUAUGCUUUAAAAAACAUUUAAGUGUAUUUCUGUUACUUACAAGAGUAUUAUAUAGUGUUUCCUUAUCCUAACUAUUCUUUCACUAUAUCAUGAUAAAGACCUUUAAAAAAAAGUCCAUUAGCUGUUGAUAUUUCCAAGACAGUAAGUAUUUUUUAUACUUAAUUCUAUCUUUUCAAAUCACGUCUAUAACUUACAUAUAAUCAUGCAUGAAUUAAUAAUAGACUCCUCUGUGUGCUUAUUUAUAUGGUAUUGGUAAUCAAACCCAAGCUCGUAUUGGCAAAUGUUCUACCUGGGGUUUUACCCCAAUCUGAGAAUCUUUUUGAAAAAUGUAUUGCCUGCAUUGUUUUUUGCAUAACACUUCAUUGCUUUUAGGUGUUAUUUUUUAAUUCCAUUUGAAUUCAAAUGAGAAGUAACAUUAAUGUGGGCACUUUUCCUAUUUCUUUAGGGCCAGAUUAUCUCUACUUGUCUCUUCUAAAUUGACUAAAUCUACUUUAGGACUAUAAGGUACCUGAAAGGUUUGACUGACAGCACUACAUAAGCCUGCCUGCCAUGGGCUGUCGGGAUGUCCAUGCAGCCACAGUCCUGUCCUUCCUGUGUGGAAUUGCCUCAGUAGCAGGCCUCUUUGCAGGGACUCUGCUUCCAAACUGGAGAAAAUUACGACUGAUCACAUUCAACAGGAACGAGAAGAACCUGACUGUUUACACAGGUUUGUGGGUGAAAUGUGCCCGGUAUGAUGGAAGCAGUGACUGUUUGAUGUAUGACACUACUUGGUACUCCUCAGUUGACCAGCUGGACCUCCGUGUUCUCCAGUUUGCGCUGCCCCUCAGCAUCUUGAUCGCAAUGGGUGCCUUGCUGCUCUGCCUGAUUGGAAUGUGUAACACAGCCUUCAGAUCUUCAGUGCCCAACAUCAAGCUGGCCAAGUGUCUGGUCAAUAGUGCAGGCUGCCAUCUGGUGGCUGGGCUGCUGUUUUUUCUGGCAGGUACUGUCAGCCUUUCUCCAUCCAUCUGGGUCAUCUUUUACAAUAUCCAUCUGAACAAGAAGUUUGAGCCCGUCUUUACAUUUGACUAUGCAGUGUAUGUUACUAUUGCAAGUGCCGGAGGUCUGUUUAUGACUGGACUUUUGCUGUUUAUUUGGUAUUGCGCAUGCAAAUCUUUGCCUUCUCCUUUCUGGCAGCCACUGUACUCUCAUCCUCCCAGUAUGCACACUUACUCACAGCCCUAUUCAGCACGUUCCCGCCUCUCAGCCAUUGAAAUUGACAUUCCAGUCGUUUCACACACUACUUAAUAGGGAUGUUAGCUAUUUAAAAUUUUUCUUAUAGCUUCCCAUUUUCCUUUUGGACCAGUCAAAUUUUUGUUGUUGUGACCAGUCACUAGAGCCAAAUUUGUAUGUCCUGAUAAAAGGAAGUGCUGCUAGUUUUUAUGAGGUGUAAAUUAUUUUAAAUGUGAAACAUUCCUUUUAUAUUGCU